GUCUGCUCUCUGCUCGGCUCACUGCUAGCAAUGGCGCUGCGGGUCGGCCAGCUCUUUUCUCCGUGUCUACUCGCCGCGGCUUUGUUAGUGCUUGCUAGCGGACCACAGUUUGUACUGACUUGUCCGAGUCGCUGCUUAUGUUUCCGAACCACGGUGAGAUGUAUGCAUCUAAAUCUGGAAACCGUACCAGCAGUCUCCCCUCAGACAACCAUUCUAGACCUGAGGUUCAACAAAAUCAAAGAUUUACAACCUGGUUCCUUCAGGCGAUUGAAGAACCUCAACACACUCCUCCUUAACAACAACCAUAUACGAAGGAUCCCCAGGGGGGCAUUCGAAGACCUGGAAAACCUCAAAUAUCUCUAUUUGUACAAGAAUGAAAUCCAAUCAAUUGACAGACAAGCAUUUAAGGGGCUUGUCUCUCUUGAGCAACUGUAUCUGCACUUCAACAACAUCGAGUCUUUGGAACCAGAAUCUUUUACUCACCUACCAAAGCUGGAACGACUGUUUUUGCACAACAACAGAAUCACCCAUCUUGUCCCGGGAACUUUCUCUCAUCUCCAGGCCAUGAAGAGAUUGCGACUGGACUCCAAUGCAUUAAACUGUGACUGUGAGCUGCUGUGGCUGGCUGAUCUGCUAAAACAGUAUGCUGAGUCAGGCAAUGCCCAGGCCGCUGCCACCUGCGACUACCCCAGCCGCCUGCAGGGCCGGUCGGUGGCUACACUUACUGCUGAGGAGCUCAACUGUGAGGUUCCCAGGAUCACAUCAGAGCCCCAGGAUGUCGAUGUUACAUCAGGAAACACUGUCUACUUCACAUGUCGGGCUGAAGGCAAUCCUAAACCACAGAUCAUUUGGCUCAGGAACAACAAUGCUCUAAACAUGCGUGAUGACAGUCGUCUGAACCUACUUGAAGAUGGGACACUAAUGAUCCAAGACACCAGAGAGACGGACCAGGGGGUCUACCAGUGUAUGGCCAAAAACGUGGCUGGGGAAGUCAAGACAUCACAAGUCACACUGCGAUAUUUUGGAGCCCCCUCACGGCCAAGUUUUGUGAUCCAGCCCCAGAACACAGAGGUGCUGGUCGGGGAGAGUGUAACGCUGGAGUGCAGUGCCACGGGCCAACCACAGCCCCGGGUCUCCUGGACUAAGGGUGACCGGACACCCCUGCCCAAUGACGCCCGCAUCACCAUCACUCCCUCUGGGGGCCUUUACAUCCAGAAUGUGGUCCAGGCUGAUGGGGGCCAGUAUACCUGCUUUGCCUCCAAUAAUGUUGACACCAUACACGCCACAGCUUACAUCAUUGUACAAGCGGUCCCCCAGUUCACAGUCACUCCACAGGAUCAGUCAGUCCUAGAGGGUCACACUGUGGAUUUCCCCUGCGAGGCAAAUGGGUACCCUCAGCCAGUCAUUGCAUGGACGCGUGGGGGCAGUCCGUUACCCUUGGACCGUCGACAUACUGUCCUGUCUUCUGGUACUCUCCGCAUCACUCGUGUGGCAGCCCAUGAUGAGGGCCAGUAUGAGUGCCAGGCAGUCAGCCCUGUGGGGACUGUGCGUACCGCUGUGCAGCUCAGCAUCCAACAGAGAGUAACGCCUGUUUUCACAAAUGCUCCAAGGGACCUGACGGUGGACUCUGGCCAGGAUGUACAGAUUCCCUGCAGUGCUCAGGGCCAGCCACAGCCUGUUCUCACCUGGAACAAGGAUGGCGUACAGGUGACAGAGAGCGGCAAGUUCCACAUCAGUCCUGAGGGUUAUCUAGAGGUGAAGGAUGUGGGUACCGCUGAUGCUGGACGCUAUGAGUGUGUUGCCCGUAACCCUAUUGGCUACCAGGUUGCCAGCAUGGUGCUCACUGUUACAGUUCCUGCAGUCAGCAGAGAAGGGGACACCUUUGUGAGUACAUCAAUAGAGCAAGCCAUUCGUAAUGUGGACAGUGCCAUUGAGUCCACAAGGAGACGUCUCUUUGAUGGUCAGCCUCGUACCCCAGGAGAACUGCUAGCUCUUUUCCGGUAUCCACGUGACCCCUACACAGUGGAGCAGGCACGUGCUGGGGAGAUCUUUGAGCAGACUCUGCUGCUCAUCCAGAACCACGUCAACCAGGGACUCAUGGUCGACACAAACGGCACUGCAUUUCGCUACAAUGACCUGGUCUCCCCUCACUUCCUGGAUGUGAUUGCCAACCUGUCAGGAUGCACAGCCCACCGCCGUUUCAACAAUUGCUCUGACAUUUGUUUCCACCAAAAGUAUCGCACCCAUGAUGGCACUUGCAAUAACCUUCAGCACCCAAUGUGGGGCGCUUCACUCACAGCCUUUGAACGGCUCCUGAAAUCAGUCUAUGAUAACGGCUUUAAUCUGCCCAGAGGCGCCACUGAGCGUCUGCAUAAUGGAUACAGGCUACCUCUGCCAAGACUGGUGUCUACCACCAUGAUUGGUACAGAGACCAUCACUCCUGAUGACCGUUACACACACAUGUUGAUGCAGUGGGGUCAGUUCCUAGACCACGACUUGGACGCAACGGUGGCAGCACUCAGUCAGUCACGGUUUUCUGAUGGCCAGUUGUGUGCACAAGUCUGCACCAAUGACCCGCCAUGCUUCCCAAUCCAGUUCCCACCCAAUGACCCACGGCAGCUGCGUAGUGGUGCUCGCUGCAUGUUCUUUGUGCGUUCUAGCCCUGUGUGUGGCAGUGGAAUGACGUCUCUUCUCAUGAACAGCGUAUAUCCCCGAGAGCAAAUCAACCAACUCACGUCUUACAUAGAUGCAUCAAAUGUCUACGGCAGCUCAAGACAUGAAUCUGAAGAAAUCCGUGAUUUGGCCAGUCAAAGGGGUCUGCUCCGGCAAGGGAUAAUCCAGCGAACAGGGAAGCCCCUACUGCCAUUUGCCACAGGACCACCCACUGAGUGCAUGAGAGAUGAAAAUGAGAGUCCAAUUCCGUGUUUCUUGGCUGGAGACCACCGUGCCAAUGAACAACUUGGUCUGACUGCAAUGCACACUGUGUGGUUCAGAGAACACAACCGCAUCGCCACAGAGCUGCUGAGGCUGAACCCCCACUGGGACGGGGACACCAUCUACCAUGAGGCCAGGAAGAUAGUGGGCGCCCAGAUGCAGCACAUCACCUACAGUCAGUGGUUACCAAAGAUCCUGGGUGAAGCAGGUAUGAAGAUGAUGGGACGGUACUCUGGUUAUAACCCCAACGUUAAUGCUGGUAUCCUCAGUGCUUUUGCGACGGCAGCUUUCCGCUUUGGCCACACGCUCAUCAACCCGAUACUGUACAGGUUAGACGAGGAGUUCCAGCCUAUUCCACAGGGACACAUAUCUCUGCACCGGGCCUUCUUCUCCCCAUUCCGCAUUGUGAACGAGGGUGGCAUCGACCCACUGCUCCGUGGGCUUUUUGGCGUCGCUGGGAAAAUGCGGGUUUCUACGCAGCUGCUGAAUACUGAGCUGACAGAGAGGUUGUUCUCCAUGGCCCAUGCUGUGGCCCUGGACCUGGCUGCCAUGAACAUCCAGAGAGGAAGAGAUCAUGGAAUACCACCAUACAACGAUUACAGGACCUUCUGUAACCUGACCUCGGCUCAGACAUUUGAGGAUUUGAGGAAUGAGAUUAAGAAUCCUAGUGUCAGAGAAAAGCUGCAGAGGCUGUAUGGCACCCCUUUGAACAUCGACCUGUUCCCGGCCCUGAUGGCUGAAGACCUGGUUCCUGGCAGCAGACUGGGGCCCACCCUUAUGUGUCUCCUGGCAGCUCAGUUUAAACGCCUGCGAGACGGUGACAGGUUCUGGUAUGAAAAUCCCGGUGUGUUCACGCCUGCCCAGCUGACUCAGCUGAAACAGGCCUCUCUGACACGGGUGCUGUGUGACAACGGGGACAACAUCACACGUGUCCAGCAGGACGUCUUCACGGUGGCUGAGCUGCCUCAUGGUUAUGGCAGCUGUGAGGACAUUCCCCAAAUUGAUCUGCGCAUGUGGCAGGACUGUUGUGAAGACUGCAGAACCAAGGGACAGUUCAACGCUCUGUCGUACCACUUCAGAGGACGCAGAUCAGCAGAACACAGUUACAAAGAGGACAGAGCUGACCACAGCCCAGUGGAGGAAGCCGGAGAAAGUCUUGCAAAUGUUACUGUUACCUCCAAAAAACGCACUGAACCCUCCAUCGGUGAUUUCCAAGACUUUGUCUCUGACAUGCAGAAGACGAUCACAAGUUUACGAAAACAGAUUAAACGACUUGAAGCCCGUCUGAGCAAGACUGACUGCACUGACAGUGAAGGACGUGAGCGAACAGAUGGAGAACGGUGGAAAAAGGACCCCUGCUCCACCUGCGAAUGCAGAGAUGCCCAGGUGACCUGCUUUGUGGAGUCUUGUCCACCGGUGGAGUGCAAACAGCCUGUCAAGCUAAAAGGUGCCUGCUGCCCGGUGUGCCUCCAACAGGCAGACCCCCGCCAUGAAUAACCCUCAGGACGCCUCCGACAAAUACACUCUAGUGUCUGAAAGUCACACUCUCACACACAGACAUCCAGAGAGAUGAGACUCGUACAGGUGUGCUAAGUUGCAGCCACCGAUAGCCUCGAUAGACCCAAUAGCCUCAUUUUUUUGGUUUUAAUUUUGUAUUCUUUUUCUUGGAUCAGAGGAGGGUUUUGUUUCUCUCUGGACUGUUGCCCCCUCCAGGGUCGGCAGCCUGAGGCUUGGUUUGAAAUCCACUGGCAACAAGCCAGCCAUCACUAAAUGGAUUUAUUUCUGAACCGAUGGGUGGAUGGAUGAAUGGAUGGAUGGGCAAAUUGUAAACACGACGGACAAACCUCUCCUCGAGUCUGCUGAGGCUUCUGAAGUGUAACAAACAGCCACUGUGUUUGCGACCAACACCUGGUGACGAAACGCAGGGCCAAGUUGCCGUCAAAAAGCAGGAAAGGGAAGUAAAUCGAAAAGGCGGCAGCCAUUUUGUUGUCUCAAAAUAUUCUCAGGUUAGAGAGAAAACUGGUGCUAUUUUGCCCUCUUUUAAUGAUUUAAUCACUAAAUACAAACCUUUAAAGUAUUGUCUUUUGUAUGCAAAGCAUCCUAUAUACACUCAGUAUAUGCCUUUUUAUGAUAAAUCCUAAUUGAGAGGACCGUUUUAUUCAAUCUUUAAAGACAUUUUAUGAAUAGAGUUACUUCAUCUUUUUUAUCUAAGGUGCUUUAUUUCAUGUUAUAAAGAUGUUUUCUCCCAUUUUGUAUAAAAAAAAUAAUUCUUACAUAUGAAGAUAAUGUGAAGCCCUACAAAAACGUUUGUAAUGCAAAAGAGAUGUCUACUGAUUACUGCUCCUUCUUCCAUAGACAACAUGUUAGUUAACUGGCUUAAUGUGUGCUGGCCUGUCCUGAACUUGACCGAGGCGGACCGUGUGGUGCUCCCCGCUGAAGGACACUCCAACCAGCUCUUGCACUGUCAUGUUCCUUUCACUCAAAGUUUUAUUUUGUUUUCAGAAAACAGUGUAAGAUUAUUCAUGUAACCACUUUAAUAUUGUGAAAAGCCAAAUGUAUGAUUUUAAUAACUUCUAAAACUACAUCAAUAGCAUGUGUGUAUCUAUGAAACUCUGUAUGAAUGUUGUAAUGAGGUCAGGUUUUAGCCUUUGGUACUGCUACCUUUACCACAGCAGUAUUCUCCUUCUGGCCCACUCACCAUUUUCCGUUUGAAUUUCUUGUUUAGUGUUUAGACUACACACACCUGAAGGACUGCUCCAUAGCUGUCGACCGGUCCUCUCUGCAUUUUUGGACCUGCAGUUCUCUAGCUUUAGUUUACACCAGGACACGCUUGCAUGCAUUCCUUUGUCAGGCAUCCACUUGGCCUCUUCCUUUUUUAAAGUUUUUGCUCGUGUGUUUAGUUUGCAGACGUUUCCCCCUGUGAGGACCAGCUGCAGUGUUGAUAUAGUUUAGGAAUGCUCGCCCCGCUCGUGUUUUUCUGCCAUGUUGAAGUUUUUGAGACUGGGGUGACGUCAUUCAGCCAAGCAUGUGUGGAGCGCAGCCCUCUGACCCUCAUUCCGCUGUAAUGGAAGCCAUAUGAAAGGGGAAGCAAGGGUGAUGUCGGGGGAGGGGGAGGGCGAUGAUUGGGAUUGUCAAUCAGAAACAAGUCUCGAGCAGCUUUCCGUCACGAAGGCGGCGACUCCUGUCAACUGGCCCUCUACGUCUACUGUACAGACACUAAACGCCACUCGCUCAAUCCCAUGCACUGGUUCACUCAGCGUUACAGAAGUCACCUUUUAUUUCCCUGUUUUCCUCUGCUCCUAAUUGUGGUGAAGCGGCUCCAGCUGCCGUGUUCCUUUUCCAUUGUUUUCUUUAUGUGGUAACGUCCUGAGCAAGCUGUCACUGAACAGAGAGAACCCUGCAGAAUGUUCCACUCACAGCUCCGAUAGAUUACAAGGCUGGCAGCAGUCACACUGGCAAAUUGGUAUCAUAUCAAGUUUAAGUAUACUGGACCAGUUUGUGUAUCAAACUGUGUGUUUACAGCUGUGUAUUUGUCUCUACAUACAUGUUCCUUCAUGUGUUCCAGUGUGUGAAUGUUCUACUCAAUUUUCAGUUUUUUUAAACAUAAACUUUAUGUAUGAAUAAGAGUGUGUGUCCUCUUUAGGCUAAAUGCAUUUUGGUGAGAUUCCCAAGGUUUGGUUGCAAAAGCGCUGUGAGCUUUUUGUUACUAGUUGUCAUAUUCUAUAAUCUGUUGUAUUAGCGUUAUAUUUUUUCCUACCCUCUUCUGAAAAAUCCUCCCAUGUGUCAAUGGAAUGCACUGCUCUGCGAGACUGAACAUGCUUUACCUACACUGUCCCUGAACUAGUGGUCAAUGUGGAUAGAAUAUUACCUAUCAUGACAUUUGUAUUGUACGUUUGCCAAAGAAUGGUUUGCACUGUAAUGCCUCUCAACAGUAAAAAUGAAUAAAUAAAAUAAGCCACAUCUGAGUUACA